UCUAGUAGAAAACAGAAAUCAGCCACUUCCGUUGUUGUUCUACGCUUUCAAGAUGGCGAUGAAUAAGCGAGGAAACGUGCGUCUUCCCCCAGAGGUCAACAGAAUCCUGUAUGUCAAAAACCUUCCGUACAAGAUAACAGCAGAAGAAAUGUAUGACAUUUUUGGAAAGUAUGGUGCUAUCAGGCAAAUACGUGUAGGCAACACCCCAGAAACAAAAGGAACAGCUUUUGUUGUGUAUGAAGACAUCUUUGAUGCCAAGAAUGCUUGUGAUCAUCUGUCUGGCUUCAAUGUUUGCAAUCGUUACUUGGUCGUCCUCUAUUACCAGUCAACUAGGGCCUUUAAGAAGACAGAUACAGAGAAGAAAAAACAGGAGCUAGACCAGAUGAAAACAAAAUAUGGCUUGUCUACCCCAGAGAGCAAUAAAUAGCUAGCCAGUCAUUCA